UGCACUGAAAAUAAACGCCAAACGUGGUGGAGAGGUUAUGUUUCUGUGGGAGUGAAGUUGCACCACGCGUAUGGUGCGAAAACUUAGUCUGCUUCUGUUAUUCAUUUCAGUAUCGGCAUUUCGUACUCAUUCGAUGCCCCCCUUUGUCGCCUAAGUUUAAAUUGAUUUUAACCUAUUCUUGUGUGAGUAGUUUUGUCUAGUUAAAAUGGUUAUCCAUCGUAAAAAGCAGAAGAAGAGCAGGACGGUGCGGUUGAACAGAGCAAAAAAUAAGCUUAGGGUUGACGAACAAAAUUUGUCACCUCACUCUUUUGUGAUUCACCGUGGCACUGUUACUAUUCAGCAAAAACAUCUUAUAAUGGAUUUUCGAAAAGUAAUGGCACCUUUCACAGCUUCAAGCUUACAGGUUAAAAAGAAAAACUCUAUGAAGGACUUUGUGUCAGUAGCUGGUUUGCUACAUGUCUCUCAUCUUUGUGCCUUCACUUGUACAGAGUAUAGUCAGUACCUCAAGCUCUGUCGCCUGCCUCGGGGCCCAACACUAACAUUUCGCAUACACAAUUACACUUUGGCAUCAGAUGUGGUUUCAUCAAUACGAAAACAGUAUGUUUUGGAUAAACUGUUUGACCAUGCUCCUCUUGUUGUGCUGAAUGGGUUUAGUGGUGAAGGUGAACAUCUGAAGCUGAUGUCAACCAUGUUUCAGAAUUUAUUUCCUACAAUUAAUUUAACUAAGGUAAAUCUUAGCUCCAUUCGACGAUGCUUACUCCUAAAUUACAUACCAGAGACAGGAAUGAUAGAUUUCCGCCAUUAUGCUAUUAAAGUAGCUCCUACUGGUGUUUCCAAAGGAGUUAAAAAGAUGCUGCAAAAUAAAGUACCAGAUUUAUCCAGAUUCAAGGAUAUGUCAGAAUUUAUGAUGAAGUCAGGGUUGAUGUCUGACAGUGAAGGGGAGGAUGACCCCAAUAGCCAUGUGAUAGUUCCACAGCAUCUCAAGUUUCGUGGAUGCCAGUUAGCUGAGAAGUCCGCAAUAAGGCUGCAUGAAAUUGGUCCUAGAAUGUCAAUUGAGCUAAUGAAAGUUGAAGAAGGCCUGAUGGCAGGUGAUGUGUUGUAUCACAAAGUUGUCAAAAAGACUGAUGAAGAGGUUGAAGCUGCACGGAAGAAAAGGGAGGCAGCAAAGAAACUAAAAGAGCAAAGGAGGAAAGAACAAAACCAGAAUAUGAAGAAGAAGGAAAAGGAGAAAGAAGAUCACAAGCUCAAGUCACUUGAGGGAAUAGAACAGAAACGACAGCAGCUAAUGGAGGAGCAGAAAAAACGACAACCUGCCAAGAAAAUUAAUAAAGAUUUGCUGGAAACAGAUAUUUUAAUGAGAAAGGCUGUUCUUGAAUCUCAAGCUCAAGACAGUGAUGAUGAUGAUGCUGAAUGGUAUCGGAAAGAAGUCGGAGAAGAACCUGAGAAAGAUUUGUUUGAUGCGAAGAGGAAAUCUUCUGGAACAUCUGGACAGUCCUGGAAGAAGCCUAGGCUUGACAAACAACACAUGGGAAGAUUCAACAGAAAUACUGGUGGAAGCAAGAAGAAGCUCACAAAUGGCAGCAGGUCCAAGGAUCGAUCUGAUACUGAUAGAUUCCAGGGAAUGUCAGGUGGUUCCAGAGGCCGAGGUGGGACAAGAGGGCGAGACGGUUCUAGGGGACGCGGCGGGUCCAGAGGACGAGAUGAUUCGAGCAGAGAUGGUUCAAGAGGCCGAAGUAGUUCAAGAGGUCGCGGUGGUACGAGAGGUCGGGGUGGUUCUUCAAGGGGUGCUCCAAGAGGGAGAGGCGGAUCCAGAGGUAGAGGAGCUUCAAGAGGUAGAGGCAAUUCGAGGGGUAGAGGAAGACGCUAAAGUAUGUUUCAUCAGGAUCAUAAUAAAUUGUAUAUCAAG